AUGGGUAGAUCGUCACCUCCAUUCCUUUAUGAGAGUCCGGCCGCCUACAGUUUUAGAGGUCCCACCGACCGCGGGUUCAACCCAAGGGCCGCGACGGAAGCGAGCUGGACUCGCCCAGCAGACAAACCCAAGCAAAAAGGACCGCUGGUGGAGUUGAACCGGCACCCUGACACGUGGGGUUUUUUUAAUACGGCCAGCUCAUUCACACCGAUGAGCUACAAAACAAAGGAUCGGGUCAAGUAUGCACGAUCAAGUCAACUCGCACUCAGAGUGCUCACUCUUCUUGGGGCUCUUGGGUCCCUGUUCUGCUCAAUCGUUAUUAAGGGAGCUGCAACGACCGUCAUCUGGAUCAUUCGCGCUGGCCCCAUAGUCGCAAUUCUUCACACGAUAUAUGGAAUCUACCAUAAUUCUCGAUCUGCCCUUACCCGGCCCGCAGGCUCUCAAGCCAGCUAUGGGUUAUUUGCUUCCACUCUCGACUUUGGACUCAUCCCCUUCUACGUGUUCACUGCAUAUAUGGCGUAUGGAGAAUGGAACUCUAAUGCAUACCACUGGAAAACUCUCUUCAACAACAGCGACAUGACUGUAAAAAUUUCUGAGACCACCUUUAUCCUAGCUAUCGCAAAUGGCAGCUUGCACCUCAUUUCCCUUGCCAUAUCGAUUUUCUUGGCCAUCACCUUCCGAAAGAUUUCCCGCCUACCACCUGACAUGAAUCCACUGGAAGAUAAUCUGACUGCACGUCCCCGUAAGAGCCGUAAGGAGUCACAAAUGGAGGAGAAACAUCUCAGCCAAUCCACCCUGGAUUCUGGCUUCGAGAAUCCCCUCAUUGGAUCUCCUCGCACCGUGCCAUUCAUGCAUACACGUGAACGGUCUUCUGGUGGUGAUUCCAACCGUGGAUCGAUGGGUAUGCUCGACGAGCAGCGGCAGUCACAUCCUUCUUUUUAUCAGCACCGCCUAUCCCACUUGGAGUCCCCAACGGAACCCAACAUGGAUCCCUCUAGCCCUGAGGCUUUAUUCCAACAAACCGCUAAUCAGCCCUAUGACUUUACAUCCCAGACACCUACCCCGGAAUAUCGAAAAGUUGCCUCGCAUGCUCCUGAAAUCGUCGAUGCUACUGCUCAGAUGCGUCAUCUGUCAUCACGUACUGCUGAUCGAUCGGAAACUGUCAGCCCAGUGUCGGAUAACUGGGUCGCAUACUCUGAACAGUCUCUAUCGCCAAUGAGCGAGGCGCAGAACGGGGACGAGAACGCUCUCCGUCAGUCCUCCUCUGUAUACAGCCGCCAAACCACCAAGACCACCACGUCCAACGGUAGUGGCAUUCGAGACUGGUUUGCUUAUGGUUCCAAGCCGGGGCCAAGUAUUGGCAGUGUCAUCCCAGAAGAUGUACGUGGGGAAUAUGCGUCGCUCACUAUGAAUGAAUUCUAUGGGCUCGAUGAUGGUCACCGUGAACAAGAUGUUGGUGAUCAGCGCAUGGACAUAUUCCCAGACCCAGAAGACCACAGAGACGAUAUUGAUGACGAGCGUAAUGGCACUAUUCCGUUUAACCCGCUCAUGCUUAACCCACCAACCCCGCAACCUAUUUUGACCGAAAAGCCCGAGAACACCGACCCCGUUCGGCGGGUUGCCCUGGGCGAUAGCCCCAAUCUAUCGUACAAUCCACUGGCACAGCCAGUGUCUAUUCCACACGAGAGCCCCAAACAAUCUUCGCCCAAGACCCGAUUCUACGGCGAGCUUGAUGUAGAUGGCAAGCCUGGAUUGGCCGCAUCUCGCGAAUCAAGUCUUCAGGUGGUCCGUAAGCCCACCAAGCUUCAGAAGAAACGCAAGAACAAGCUCUCCGCUUAUGAGUCCCUCAAGAAGAAUGACAGCGACGAGAGAAAUACAUAUCUCUCAGCCAGGAAGCCUGCCUCGCCUCGCGCCACCGAAAGUGACCGCAAGGGCCGUGUCGUGAGCAACACCGGUGCAGACACUACCAGGGCUGGCGCAACAGCCGGGGCUGGUGCACCAUUAUCGUCAUACGGAAGUUACAUCGCUGGUUUGGGCGUUGGACGCCGCCGCGAUGUGAGCGGCAAGGUUGCCGAAGAAGGGCGCAGCGAUAACGUCCUGCUUGAUAAGCCUAGCCACGAUCAGAGCGGGCAGACUGCCAGCUCCUCGCCGAAUCGGGCUGCAGGAUGGGCUCGGUUUGCUGGACUUUGA